UUCCCUCCACAUCCAUCUAAACAAAUUUCCCUCCUCCCAUCUAAAAAAGGCUACCAAAAUGCUAUUCCCUUAAUCUCCACUUUGAUCUCACAACCCUAUUCCUCUUCUUCUUCCUCAUCUUCUCAACUUUCAUCCCAUUUCCUUCUUCCAUCAUCUCCUCAUAAUUUCCUGUAAAUUUCAAUAUUUUUCCAUUCCUCCUGGCCUUUGGAUCCUCCAUGCGCGGCGGCUCUCGAGCUCCGAACCGGUCGGAGCCACUGCCUCAGUCCCAAACUGCCCAGAUCCUGCCGCCUCUCAACCGCCACCUUGCUUUUGACUCCGCUAAGCCGCCGUUUGUUCCUCCGGGUCAUUAUUACCACUUCGGUGACGGUUCUUCCAAUGUUAUUGAUCAACAACCUGAUUCCAUCGUUGUUAAACCUCUCAAACCAAAGCAGAAGGGUGCCAUGUAUAACAACAUGGUUGAAUUGAAUGACUAUAUUCAUGAUCAGGGAUCUUCAAAAGAUGCCCUCAGUUCUGUUCAGACACCCAUGUCUGUAAAAGGAGGAAGGGUGUACAAUAAGUCAAAGACUUCAAGGAAAACUACAUCUGGGCCUCAAACACCUAUCUCAGACACUAGCACUUAUUCUCCCCUUACUCCUGCUGGAAACUGUCGAUAUGACAGUUCUUUAGGUCUUCUGACAAAAAAAUUCAUCAAUUUGAUUAAGCAAGCAAGGGAUGGCAUUCUUGACUUGAACAAAGCUGCAGAAACUUUGCAGGUGCAGAAAAGGAGAAUAUAUGACAUAACAAAUGUUUUGGAAGGCAUAGGUCUCAUAGAAAAGAAGCUGAAAAACAUCAUAUAUUGGAAAGGAUUUAGUCAACAAAUUCCAGGAAAUGUGGAUAGUGAUACUUCAAUGUUACAGGUGGAUGUUGAAAACCUUUCUUUUGAAGAGCGUAGAUUAGAUGAUAAGAUAAGAGCAAUGCAGGAAAGACUGAGGAAUCUGAGUGAAGACGAAAAUAUCCAAAAGUGGCUCUUCGUGACAGAAGAAGACAUUAAAAACUUGCCUUGCUUUCAGAAUGAAACACUGAUAGCAAUUAAAGCUCCUCAUGGAACCACAUUGGAAGUUCCUGAUCCUGAUGAAGCUGUUGAUUAUCCACAGAGAAGAUAUAGGAUAGUUCUUAGGAGUACGAUGGGUCCUAUUGAUGUAUAUCUUGUCAGUCAAUUUGAGGAAAAGUUUGAGGAGAUGAAUGUGGUCCAGCCACCUAGUAGCUUCCUACAUGCUUCCAGUUCUGGAUCAAAUGAACAUCUAACAACAGAAGCAAUCAUUGGGGAGAGUAGUAGAAAUGAAAUUGAACCUCAAGCUCAUCUAUCCCAACACAGCAGCAGCUGUGAUGUUAAUGGUUCAAAUGAGUUUCCUGGUGGAAUGAUGAAGAUUAUUCCUUCAGAUGUUGAUAAUGAUGCGGAUUACUGGUUGUUAUCGGAUGCUGAAGUUAGCAUUACAGAUAUGUGGAGAACAGAUUCAGAUAUUGCAUGGGAUCAAUCAGAUAUGGUUCCUCAUGACUUUUUAAUAUCUGAUGUCAGUGCCCAAAGGCCAAGACCAGGAAGUCCACAUUCAGAGACAGCUGAAGCACCGUCUGAUGUUAACUUAAGACAGAGGUGACAAAGGAACAGAUCUCACCUUAAUUCAUCAGUGAUCUGUUCCCAUCCUCAUUAAUCCACAAGAUGUUGAUUUGUAGCCAAACAAUCAGUUGAAUUUGACUAGAACUCGCGCUCAACUGUACAGUGUAAUUUUAUGGCCCAAGUAAUAUAUCGGGAAAAUUUUCCAAGCAUGGUAUACAAUACAAUUUUCAGAGCUAGUCGGGCGGCAAGUUUAGAGGAAAUAGAAACAAACUUUUGUAAGGUUGCAGAUGGGCGGAAGCAUGUAAGAUAGGUUUCCAGACAUUAACAGGCCGGCAAGAACUUCAAUGCAUCGAAGUCCGAGGAUUGGCCGUCAUCUACUUCCGCCGUCUCCGAAUCGACGCGGCUGAUUCCGACGAUGAACUGCGGUGCGGCUCUCGGAGAAUCGUUUGUCUGAUCGGCGGAUCGGGCGGAAAACGACGGCAAUUUGUUCGGUGGCGGUGGUGACGUUAUCGGCGGUUGCUGUUGCUGAUCGUUUCUCUGUAAUUAAAGUGAGAAUAAUUAGAGAAAAUGUGAAGAAUUAGUCAUGGGAAUGGCGCUAUAAUAAAUUGCCAUUAAUGGCGAUGAUACUGAAAUGAGUGAAGGCUUUCAAUCACGAUGAAUCCUAAUUGUGUUCAAUUUGAACGCUUAGAAUUUAUUAAAAUUUUUUAAAAAAAAGGUUAAAUCGUAAUUCGCAAAUUAGGGCACAA